AAGUGAAGAAAACGUGUUUUGUUUGUUUACAUUGGGAGCCGCUUUAACACGUUACUAAUGACUAGUCAUAGUCACUACCAUGAGUCAUAACACGUGCCAUCCGACGAAGGCAACUACCAAGAAGUAAGGUUUGUCGCACUUAUCAUUGUAAUCAGUAAUUUGAUGUAUUAACUUAUUUAAAUUAAUUCAUAAUUCUCAUAAAAUGAAUCAGCGCUAAGAACUGGGUUAUAUAAAAUUUAUUGCAACUGAAUGGAUCAAGAAAAUCUCAUUCACAGUUAUAAAUAUAGAACAGAUCAAUGAUGUUCAAACCCCUAGUCGAAGUCUAAAUUAGAUUUUCCCAAUUCAAACAACGCCCAUACAAUAUUACUGUACGUUAGCCCCACUAUAAAAACUGUAAGCUUUGCCAACGAUCUGUCUACCUGGGUAAUUUUAUGCAUUGCUAACGAGCAGCGCCACGUCGAUAUAAAACUCACUACCUCGUGAAAUUUCAUAACAGAACAGAACUGAACAUGCAAGCGAUUUUUCUAUUGUGUACACUUCUUGUAUGCGUUAUUGUAUUGUUGAAGUUAAGUUGGGGUGGUGGAGGUUUGGAAACCCAAAACUCAACAAAUUCAACAAACGAGGUAGUGUUUCACGAGGACCCAUUAACUUCAAAUGAAUGGUUCAAGAAUGCAGUUAAGCACAGCGCAAAGGAAAGUGCUUUGAAUACCAUAACUGACGACGAUAUUGUGAAAUCAAAGGCUAGAAUACAAAAGCUUCUUACUAUUCUGAGACGGCAACCUGCAAAGGACAACUAUACAAAAGAUUUACCAGCUAAAUCUGAAACUACUAAUGAGCUAACUAAUGUCGAUUGUAAUCCAAUUCUUGAGGAUGACUGCGGCCCAGACUCUAUUGGACCAAGACUAAGUGCAACACUACUAAAAAUUCUUGCAUAAGUUAACUGAUUUUUAUUUGUUUAUCGGAAACAACUGAGAAAGAUAUGAAUUAAUUAUUAAGUUUAUAAUUUAUUAUAUAUUAUACAUAACAAUAUUAAUCUUCAAUUGACUUGAUUUGAUUUAUUUUAAUCGUAAUUACAUCCAGUUUUUGUAAAGAGUUUACACGCCAUAUAGUUUUCAAUCAAUAAUCUGACACCUAGAGUUAAAUUAAUAUAAAAUGAACUACACGCCAGUUCAAACAUCAGUAUCAUCGUAAUAAUGCUGUCGAUUGUAAGUUUUAAUAAACUUCCCAGUAAAGGAUAUAAAUAUAAAGAAAAAUAUAUUUAGAAUUUGAUUCUGCUUCUUGUGGUGCUCAUCUUUAAUACAUCAAACUGCCUUAGAGGAGAUCCUAACAAUGGAACCAAUUCGCCAGACUUGGGAAAAACCCAACCGAAUGAAGAAACCUCAAAGCUUUUAUUAGCUUUGAAAGGUUUUCUAGCAAAGGAUUCACCAACAAGUGCCAAAACAAAUUACAAUAAAUCGAUGGAUGAUUUUCAUAUAAUGCUUAGUGUACCCUUACUAAAAACGUUAACCGUAAAAAAUUCCUAAGUUCAAUAAAACCUCCGAUAAAGUAGUUAAUUACGCACCUAAAUACAUCUAGAUAUCUAAACAAGCUUUUAUAAUCGGUCUGACUUAAUGGGAUAUGUUCUGAAUUACUAACUAGCCUUAAGUUUAAUAUAAAGGCAAAAGUCUCCAAGCGUAUAAAUAUCAAUAACGAACAAAAAAUACAUUAGAUUGUAAGUAUCGCAUUAAGCCCUAAUGGAUGAUUCAAAUUAAAGACAUUUAUUUUUUAUUUAGAGUAUUAUUCUGCCACUUGUGUCGACGGCCUGAGAUAGCUCAUACGGUCUCACUGAGGAAAGCACUUUUGCGGACCGAAAACAUCAAGUGCAAUCUUAUAAAAUUACAAGAGGAAUUGUGAAACGAAAUAAAAGUACAAAGAAAAAAGAGGUGCAAAGAAACCUUAAGACCUCUCAAAGAAACCGGAAUAAGUUUUAACAGGAGUACAACCAAAUAAAAAACUAAUUACAACUGGGCGUGACUUCAAAGAUUACCCCAACCGAAAAUGAAGUUCGUAAAAUACAGAAAAGCAGGGAUCAACUACGUUCUUACUUUCUUACAAUGUUGUAUUUAAAAAAAAAAUCAAACAACUGAAUUCUUUCAUAACCGAAUCUUACAAAAACUGAAAAAUUUUAACAACUAUCCGGAGCACCACAAGUGAUGAUGACAAUGAGAAUCCCAAAGGAGUUUGUACAAGUCUCAGUGCAACUGUUUUAAAAAUACUCAUUUUAUAAUAUUGCGAAAAAUAAAGCUUUACAAAUUAUUAUU